GAAAGAGCGGUAACAGACUCCGCUCCUCUCCAGGGAACAAUGAAUCUCAGCAAAGACACAGAUAAACAGAGGCCUAGCGAAGAUCAGGUUUAUGAGCCAUCGCACCACUUUGACUGCCCCCAAAUUAGGAUUGUCCUGCUGGGCAAAACAGGAGUGGGGAAAAGUGCAGUUGGCAACACCAUCCUGGGCAGGAAACAGUUUCCUUCUGCACUCAGGAGUGUGUCAGUCACCGGCCAAUGUCAAAAGGAACAUGCUGUCAUAUCUAAUAGACACAUUGCUGUGGUGGACACUCCAGGUCUGUUUGACACAGAAAAGCCCAAUGAGAUGAUAAAGAAGGAGAUGAUAAGAUGUAUUCAGUUCUCCUCCCCAGGGCCACAUGCUUUCCUGGUGGUGAUGCAGCUGACCAGAUUCACAAAGGAGGAGAAGAUGUGUGUCGAAGCUCUGCAGGAGAUCUUUGGUGAAGAAGCAAGCAAGUUUAUGGUCAUCCUGUUCACUCGUGGAGAUGAUCUUGAAGACCAAACCAUUCGUGAGUUUGUUGAAAAUGGCGAAUCCACUCUGAAGGAGGUGAUCAGAAAGUGUGGAGACAGGUAUCACGUCUUCAACAACAGGGACAUGUCCAACAGAGCCCAAGUGAAGGAGCUGUUGGAGAUUAUUGACCGCAUGAUGGCCCUGAAUGGGGGAGGCUUCUACACGCAGGAGAUGUAUGAGGAGGCAGAGGCCAAGAUUAGGGAGAAGAUGGAGGAGAUUAGGAGGAAGGAGUCUUUUGGUCAAACCAAGAAUUUCUGGCUGGAUAAGGAAAAGGAAGAGAUUCAUUACAGACAGAAGGCAGAAAGGAGUGACCUCAACUGUGCCUUUGAAGAGAAGUUAAAGCAUAAAAUGAAGAAUGCAUACAAAGUUGCAAAACACAUCUUCUGUACGAAGAAAGCACCUCCCAAUUUGAGCAGAUGAGACUGGCAGUGCCCUUAAAUGGUCCACACAAUUGUAUAUGAAAAUUCUAAGGUCUAAUACUCGUCUAUGUUGGUUAAAGAAUGUCAUUUGGAUUCAACAUCAAAUCUGUCUUUUCAUUCAUAUGAUUUAAUCUGUAUGAUAUAUUAUUUUUAAGAAACAUUUUAUAAUUUUAUAAUUGCUACUUUCGUUCUUUGACUGUGAAUUUGUGAGAUUAACUGAUAGCAGUAAAUUCAUUGUUUUAGAUUCAUGUUAUUCAACUAAAUCCAAACCAGAGUAAUGUCACUAUAACAAUUAUAACAAGAAUAAUUCAUCUUUCGUUUUUAAAACUGUGUAUUGGGUACAAAUUUUCAUCGUUCUCACACCUUCCUUACGUUGAAACUUCCUUACGUCGAGCCAGAUGGUCAUAACUCAAGGGGGAUCUCUACAUAAAAAAUCAUCAAAUAUUAACCUCUGAAGUUGGGGGGAAACCUAUUACUGAAGAAUAUUGCAGAUGUUAUUUGAAGGUGAGCUGCCCAUUUGGUUUCUGUUCCAAUAAACCAUUUCAAUGAUGCAAUAACAAUAAACAUUUACAGUAAAAUUAUAACUGAGCAGCUGAUUCAAACACGAAACAUGAUACCAAGCAAGUUGUGGCUACAAGAAUCAUUUAAAGUGAUAAUAUCACAGGCAUUUGUGAAGAAUGAUACCAGGGGCUCUAUUUUGACAAUGUAACACAACCUUCUGAUGGCUGUAUUGUACUGUUAUCCCUGACAUAUCUAUAUAUUUACACGCUCCACCUGCAAUAGGACUUGCAGGUCCAGGACAGGACUAUUUAGCCAUCAAAGAACUCACAGAUAGACAGAAGUGGACGUCAUCAUUAGUUGUUGUUGGGCACAUUAUCUGUCAUAAUGCCAGCUAUCUUGGAUAUAUGCAUCUGCAGCUCUGCUGGUCCAAAGACCUUUUUGUGCAUGAAAAAGUUAACUCUCUAAAAGGACUCUCUGUAAAGCUUUGGAAUUUCUCUGUACAUGCAGUAAUGUCUACCUGGCAUGUCAUACUUUCUGUGUAACUGCCUGUCUUUCAUAUGUGUAUAAUGGGACUUGGUCCAAACAAAUAUACUCUGUUCAGUCUCUGGAA